CCGCCUCCGCGGCCAUCUUGGAAGCCCCGGAGGCGGCGCCGCGGAGGACGGGGCGGAAGUUCCCGGGGCGGCUGCCGGGAGCCCGAGCGAGCGCGGCGGCCCUGCCCCGUCCCCUUCCCGCGGCCGUGAGGGAGACCGCAGCGUGGGCGCCGCGGAGCUGCGAGAAUGUCUGAAGGGGACAGUGUCGGCGAGUCGGUGCACGGGAAGCCGUCGGCGGUGUACAGAUUCUUCACGCGGCUCGGGCAGGUUUACCAGUCCUGGCUGGACAAGUCCACACCUUACACGGCUGUGCGAUGGGUCGUGACGCUGGGCCUGAGCUUCGUCUACAUGGUCCGAGUCUACCUGCUACAGGGCUGGUACAUCGUGACUUAUGCCUUGGGUAUCUACCAUCUCAACCUCUUCAUAGCUUUCCUGUCGCCCAAGGUGGACCCAUCCCUCCUGGAAGACUCAGAUGACGGCCCCUCACUGCCCACCAAGCAGAAUGAAGAGUUCCGCCCCUUCAUCCGGAGACUUCCAGAGUUCAAGUUCUGGCACGCGGCUACGAAGGGCAUCCUGGUGGCCAUGGUGUGCACGUUCUUCGAGGCGUUCAACGUCCCGGUGUUCUGGCCCAUCCUGGUCAUGUACUUCAUCAUGCUGUUCUGUAUCACCAUGAAAAGGCAGAUCAAGCACAUGAUCAAGUACCGGUACAUUCCAUUUACGCACGGGAAGAGGCGGUACACGGGGAAGGAGGAAGUGAAGACAUUCGCUAGCUAGGAGCUGGACUGGACCCGUCCCUGCCCCAGGAGCCGUGUGGAGCCGUUGUAACAAGGCCUUUUUCUUCCCAUAAAAUAGUUGAUUAUGAGGGAGUUGAAUUUUCUUUCUAAAAAGGAGCCUCUAAUUAUUUGUAACAAAUACCAGGUUCUUGAAGAGACUGGCAUUUAAACCAAAUUGCAUUGAUUUGUUUCCUGUGAUGUUCGCGGAAGGAACUGUUGUGCCCCCUGGGCCGGGGACAGCCAGGGUGUGGCAGUGACCAGGGG